AUGGAUUAUGAUGAUGAAAAUAGUGGUUGUUUCCAAAACGUUUUUCGUUCGUUUGUUUGCGUGACUUUAACGUUGCUGCUAUCAUUGAAUUUCUACGCUUAUUUUUGGGGACCAUCUGCAGAUUCGCUCGAUGGAGAUUUUUCAGAUAUAAAAUAUGUCGUGAUGCAGCUUACUCGCGGCCUUACAGAGGUUAACAGAAAACACGAAAAGCUACAAAACGAAAUGGAACGGAUGUCGGCGGUGAUUCCUGCCGUGGCUGCGGCUGCAGGGCGCGCUAAAGACGCUUUGGAACCAUCUCUGAGGAAGAACAGCCGACAGGCAUUGGAUAAUUAUGAUUACGAUAGACAGGUGGCUGAUUACGCGCUCGAGUCCGCUGGUGGUCGCAUAUUAGACACUGGAGAUACGAUAGAGCACCUAGUUUAUGAGUCGCCCAUAAGUUGGGGCUUACAUCUAAUUACGUCGUGGAUGUGUAGGGAAUGUCAAGGGGCCAGUGCUAUGAUCCGCCCAGGUACUUUACCUGGUGAAUGCUGGGCGUUCAAAGGAUCGAAAGGUCAAGCUAUGAUACGUCUACUCGGUACUGUGAAGGUGAUGGGUGUUAGUGUGGAGCAUAUUCCGGCGCAUAUCUCGCCAACCAGGGAAAUAUCUUCGGCGCCACGACUGUUCCAAGUGGAAGGCUUAGAAUAUCGCAGCGAUCCGUACCCCCACGACUUUGGUACCUUUGAGUACGAUAAGGAGGGCAAACCGAUCCAGUACUUUGAAGUGUUGUACCCUUCAACGAAGGGGUACAGCUUGAUAAGGAUACGCGUGCUUACUAAUUGGGGACAUCCUGUGUAUACUUGCGUGUACCGAGUGAGGGUUCACGGUGAAUUGUCGGGACGUAAUCAAAACUUCGGUGCCGACGACACAGAGAUGCGAAUCGAAAAUGAAUGA